GAAGCUUCCUCCUCCAUCCACCAAAUGUCAAUUAUCAUUCUUCUCAAUCUCGAACCCUAGCUUGUUCAUCGAAAAUCGAUCGGAAAAAUCACCAUUAAAAUUCAGCUAAGAUGGGGAAACAACCAGUUAAGCUGAAAGCAGUUGUUUACGCUUUAUCGCCAUUCCAACAGAAGAUUAUGCCAGGUCUAUGGAAGGACCUUCCUGGUAAAAUCCAUCACAAAGUCUCUGAAAAUUGGAUCAGCGCUACUCUCUUGCUCGGCCCUCUUAUCGGCACCUACUCGUACGUGCAGCAUUUCCUGGAGAAGGAGAAGUUAGAACACAGAUACUAAAUUCUGUUCGUCAUUUGUCUGGGGAGGACUGCUAUUUCUAUUUCUGUUUGAACAGGAAAUAAGUCAUGCUUUGGAACUACUACCGUCAUUUUGAGGAGUUUUACUUUUAUGGUUAAUUAAAUGCAACUAGUUGUUUUA